AUGGCUUAUUUGGACGAGCAAGCGGCUGAACCAGUCGUUCAAAGAUUUCUUGACAUGCUGUCCCUGAAACCUCAACUGAAGGAAGAAGUUCAUAGUGCUUUGCGUAAACUCCCAGAGAUGAAACUGAGGCCAGAAAAGACGGAGGAGGAUGAAGAUUUAGUGAACAUUGUUUCUCAGAAAAGCGAUGAAGAAUUUCCUUACCUGGACCCGAUUCCGCCCUGUAUGCUUCAUGUUGAUAUACGAGAGCUAAGUUCUGUUGAUAUCGACUGGAAAAUGUUGACUCUUGAGAGACCUGAAAACCCACUGGAAGUAGACAUCUUCAAUAGAUUCGUGUAUUUGGAUAAAGUGACUGUCAGUUGCAUCAAAAAUGAAAAUAUUCGCAGAGAACGAGAGAAAUCAAUACGCUUAAGAACCAAAGGCCAUUACCGAAGUCCACAGGAAAACGAACCUGAUAAAGCAGAUGAAUUCACUUACGAUUAUUUCAGUCGUCUCUUUGGAGCGAACAGAGAUCAACCUGCUGAGGAAGUUCCGAAACCGGCCCCACCUGUUGAGCUGAAGAAAGAACCCUCUCCACCACCUGAAAAGGAGCCACAAAGAGAAGAUUCUCUCUCGCAGAAGAUGAAGAAACCUCAACAUUUGUUCCGCAAGAAGAACGGGAAAACGAAACUUCGCAAGAAAAGAGGAAAGAAGAAGAGAAGAAGCAAGAAGCCCAAGCUACUGAAGAAAAAUUCUAAUUCUUUAAGAAGUAAUGGUCAGAAGUUGCUCCCCAAAAGACCUCUGAAACGCUCUACAAAUGUUCCAAAGAGAACUCAAAACGGUUAUCGGAAAAAAACUAAACCUGAUAAAGGACAAGCGGCCCAGUUGAAGUCCACACGUGCAAAGGAACAAAAUGCUGAAGAUGAAGAGAAAUCUGCUUCUGAGCAACCAUCGACAGGCAAAACGAAGAGGAAAGAUUCUUCAAAUAUUACGAAAAAGAAAAGAUCUGAUUCAAGUAAAACUUUAGUUCAAAUGUUAAAGGCUUCUGAAAAGGAAAUUCGGAAGAAAACUAAAACGAAAUCUUGAUUUAUUGAAUGUGAUGUAUUGCAGUGAUGGGACGGCUACCGAAGUGAAAACUUAAAAAUACUAAAGAAAUUUGGUAUAUUUGUGUAGGUGCGCGUGCGCGUGUUUGUGGUAUGUGUUUAAUUUUCAUUCAAAAUUAAUAGUAUUUUCAAAAAUUAAAGUUUUAUAAUUUGUAGAUUCAAAAUAUCAGCUAGAGUCUAGCUUUU